UACUUUCUCUAAAGCAUGUGCUCUGCAGAGAGAGGGAGACAGCACUUACUAGGUUGCCGAAACAUUUCACAGAGCUCUAAAGCUGGACUGUCACUGCCCCUCAGAUGUCAAGGGUGUCACGAGGACUUGGAGUAAGCUUGGCUGCUGGCAAGAGGCAUCCUCUAGGAAAACUCUGGAUGCUCAAGACAUUUUAUGAGCUACACUGAAGAACACAACAGGUGUGACACAUCAUAGCUGUAAUAUGAACAAACAAGGUGACAGAAAAUUGAACCGUAUAUUCCCAUUUCUGAUGGCGUCCUUGGUGUAUUCAGCUCUAGCUGAGUACUCGAACUGUGGUGAAAAUGAGUAUUAUAACCAGACAACAGGUCUGUGCCAUAGCUGUCCAGAGUGUGAACCGGGGGAAGAGCCAUAUAAUUCUUGUGGAUAUGGAAUGAAAGAUGAAGAUUAUGGUUGUAUUUCCUGUCCAACUGGCAAAUAUUCUAAAGGAGGCUACCAAAUAUGCAGGAGACACAAGGAUUGCGAUGGAUUUUUCCGAGCAACAGUUUUGACUCCAGGAGAUUCUAAGAAUGAUGCUGAAUGUGGACCCUGCCUUCCAGGAUUCUACAUGUUAGAGAGCCGCCCCAAAAGCAUUUAUGGAAUGGUUUGUCACUCUUGCUCCCUAGCACCUCCCAACGUCAAGGAGUGUAUUGGAACUCCUCAUUACGUACUUGGGAGCUCAACCAAAGUCAUGGGCUCCAGCACUACCUCUCCUUUCCAGCAUGCCCAUAAAGUGGACGUGCAAGGGCAGGGACAUUUGGCAACUGCUCUUAUUAUCGCAAUGUCGACAAUAUUCAUCAUGGCCAUUGCUAUUGUCCUCAUCAUCAUGUUCUACAUGGUCAAGACCAAGCCUUCCGUUCGAGCAUGCUGUACAAUAAAUUCAAAGAACGUAGAAGCUCAAGCCAUUCCACAAGAAGAAAAAAAAGAAGUGCCACCUGAAAAUGUUGUCAUCUAUGCUGAAAAAGAUGAGUUUGAAAAACUCUCAGAAACACAGACAAAAACUGAAAAAAAUGAAAAUGAUGCCUCCUCUGAGAAUGAACAUCUUCUGAGUCGGAGCAUGGAUAGUGAUGAGGAAGCAGCUCUUGACAAACAAGGGACACCCGAACUCUGUCUCCUGUCCUUAGUUCACUUGGCAAAGGAUAAAUCAGCUGCAAAUAAUAAACUGACUGGGUUGGUGACCAGAAUUACACCAUGUAUCCCCGAAGAAGUCUUACCAUGGACUUUUAUAGAGGCAAGACUGUACUUUACGCACAUUCAAAGUCGAAGGAAAAAGAUUCUAGACCUUUAUGCAAAUGUGUGCAAUGUUGCAGAGGGACUGAGCCCUACAGAACUGCCAUUUGACUGUCUGGAGAAGACGAGCAGGAUGCUAAGUUCUACUUAUAAUACAGAAAAGGCAAUCGUUAAAACGUGGCGCCACCUUGCUGAGAGUUUUGGUUUAAAGAGAGAUGAAAUUGGAGGAAUGACAGAUGGACUUCAGCUUUUUGAUCGGAUCAGUACAGCUGGAUAUAGCAUCCCAGACCUGCUCACUAAGUUGGUACAGAUUGAAAGACUAGAUGCAGUGGAAUCUCUAUGCACAGAUAUUGUGGAAUGGGCACAAGCUACUCCUACUAUCACACCACCUACAGUGCCUAAUAAUGAAAGUUUAUGAAGAGUUAUUGAACGCAUGAUAGACGCUUAUUAUGGAAUACAGGAGGACAGAUCUCUCCUGAUGAUGAGCCACCAGACAUAUUGUCUUGGUUAGGUACUACAGAGGGUCAAGAAAGGGCACUUAAGCCAUGAUAUGUAGCAUCAGGAAGCAUAUAUCGCUUUGUAGGAGACAAAGGAACAUAUAAAACUCUUUGUAUUGGAGAGUGAGGACAUGUGAGGACAGUGACCACUGAAUAACAUUAUUUAAUACUUAUGUUCUUUAAAUUAAACCUGACUUCAGAAGGACUUCUUCUCUGGGAUUUCUAGUUUCUGAUGAACCAAAGACUUACAUUUCUGAAACACAUCACCUGCCUUUUAUACAGGUUUACUCAGCUGGAACUCAAGCUAAAUGUGGUUUAUUUCCAAGUAAGGUGAUAUUUCUGCACACAGGCUGCAAUCACACAUUUCAGAAUCUUUCAUCAGUUAUUUAAAGCUAAAGAUUAUUUUAUUUCUGGCUUAAUCCAAAGCAUUUUGGAAUGGGGCAUUACCAAUGGGGGCAAUUACCACAACCAGUGAGUUGGACCUCCAGUGAUUUUUGGAAUAACCAAAGAAUGAUAUAUUUAACCAGUGUGGGACCGAGCUGCAGGUUUUCCAAGCAGGGGCCUAGCAUAUAGUUUUUAAUAAAGAUGUAUUGGUAAGUUAUACCAGUUCAAUAAAGCAGCUCAUUUAUAAGGGCCAAGGGUCGGCAACCUGCGGGACUCCAGCUGGUCCUCCAAACUACAACUUUCAGCAUGCUCACCUCCGCAACUAUGCCCUGACCUCCCAUAGAAAUAAAUGGAACAUGCUGAAAAUUGUAGUUUCAACAGCUGGAGUGCCAAAGGUUGCUGACCCCAGAUAUAAGCUAUGAAAAUGUUCUAUUCUUAGAAAUCCCCUUUAAAAGGGUUGUCAAGCCUUAUCUUAAGUGAUGGCCUGUCCUCACUAGCUGAUCGGUGAGGUUCACACCCUGCAUCCCCAUUGAUCAGCUGUUCUGUGUAGCUCCGUCACUAGAAGUCAGCGCCAGAGCUACACAGUACCGCCAACAUCGUAGCGUACAGUGUUCCUCACUGCAGCGCUGCUGCCACUGACUUCCUAUCAACCCCCACUAAUCAGGUAAUGAUGGCCUAUCCUGAGGGUGGGACAUCACUUAAAAAGGCUGGACAAGUCCUUUAAGGAUUAGUUUUCUAUUGAGGUUGCAGUAUUUUUGACAGCAUGAAUAGUGCUUCAGAUGGAACUAUUCUUGCCAUUAAAUAUACUUGAAACUAGGAGAGAAAAAGCAUAACACAACUAAUAGAGCCUGAACCAAAUGUAACUUACUUUUCUCACACACAAUGACAGCUAGGGAAAGAAUGAGUUUAGAUAAAAAAUGAAGUGUUAUUUUAUUACACAUUUAUUGAUGCCAUUUAAACUGAAAUGUAUUAUGGUUGUGUCCUAAUGGUCAUACUGCAGGAUACUUGUCACUUUGCUCUUGAAUUUUGUACUUACCAUUACUCUAUUACAUACCCCAAGGUUUUCUGUGUUAGUGCCCUAUUGAAUGCAGUCAUUUUCCAUUUUAUUAAUUAUAGAUGGGAACACGCUUAAAGGCUAUGUACACCUUUGGGAGCUUUCUUUUAUUAUUGCAUUAUACUUAUUUUGAGCUAAAAUCAUUCUUUCAAUUGGUCUUAUUAAAAAUAUAGAAUCCUUUUUUUUUGUACAUAGCUGAGAUGCUGUGGUAGCAGCCUUUGGCUUCUCUGUCUUUUCAGUCAUUUGGGGAGCUGUGGGGCUCCUUAUCUCUGACAUUAUAAACACUCAUUAUAGCUCAGUUCUUGUCUUACUGUUGAAAAUGUGGCUUAAAUAAGUAUGUAUGACCUCUUAGUAGUUUAGAGAUAAGGGUUAGUAGAUGACCACAAAGUGAAGGUGAAAGUACCCGUCACAGUUAGAAAAACAGUUAACCCUUUGUGACAGAAUGGCUCAAUAUUUUUAAUAAAGGCCAAUUGAAAAUAUGAUUUUUGCCAAAUAAAAAAUAAACAAAAAUUGCCUCCAAAAGGUGUACAUAGCUUUUAAGCCUUGGAAAAAUGUUGGCAUACCUACUAUUUAAUGGUGCAGUCUCAUGAAGCUGAUUGCCAUGUAUCCAGCUUCAGAAACCCAGCAACAAGCCGUAUAUUUCCCAUGCAGAAACCACUGUGGAAUAUAGUAUUAGAUGUCGGUCAUGUCAAAUGAAUGGCUAACCAUGAAAUACAGGGAUGGGCCACAUCCGCAAUAGAGUGAGUCUCUCUUUCUUAGUGGCUCUGUGCUAUAGUUAUGGACAGGAGGUUCUUAAGAGAAUGACCUUCAAUAAUGUCUAUAUGUCCCAUGUCAGCAUUUAAAAGUAUCUGAUUGCCGUAAUGAUUAUCCUAUUCAAAAAUACUGGGUGGCGUUCAGUAAUCUCAACCUACACUGAACAAAUAUAUAAAUUUGCAUGAGCUGAACUCAAAGAUCUGAAAC